CACCAGAGCAGCUGUCAUGUGAUAGCUCGUCCGAGAGGCUGCUGCGAGACAGUGGCUUCCUACCUUUAGAUGAGGCUCCAAUAAAACCACGCAAGGGCGAAGUUUUAUGUUUGUAGGAGAAGACGGACGCGGCUGGUUAGUGACGGACAGCAGGGACGCUGGGGUUGUGUAGUUUGACCCCUCGGACGCUGCCAUGGGUUGCUGUUACAGCAGCGAGAACGAGACCCCGAGUCAGGACCCUGACGAGAUUAAGCCGCUGAUCCCUCACCCAAACCCUGUCAGCAAACCCCCAAAUGGGACUGACUGGAUCACUCCCAGUGUCCCCUCAGCUCGGACAGAUGAACAAGCCCUCCUUACAUCCAUCCUGACGAAGACAGCACAGAACAUCAUUGAUGUGUCAGCAGCAGACUCAGUCAUGAUGGAGCAGCAUGAAUACAUGGACAAAGCUCGGCAAUACAGUACUAAGCUGGCUGUAUUGAGCACCAGCCUGCCCCAGAAGAAACCCCUCGCUCUCCCGUCCCUCACCAGCCAGCCCCAUCAAGUGCUUGCAAGUGACCUGGUGCCAUACUCAGAUGUUCAGCAGGUGUCCAAGAUAGCAGCUUACGCUUACAGUGCAAUCUCUCAGAUCAAAGUGGAUGCUAAAGAAGACCUGGUGGUCCAGUUUGCCAUUCCCUGAUUCUGCGACUCUGGCCUGCACAUUGUUCCUCCCAUCCCACUCUCUCUGUGUCACUCCUGCAUCCUUAACCUCCAGCCCACCGUUUAUUAAAGCAUUUUGGUCCUUGUGCUUCUUAGCUAUGCCUCUAACUGCUACAAAGACAGAGACAAUGCAGGGUUUCACCCUAUGGCUGUCCAUUUAGUGUAAUUAAUUACGGGCUGGUGACAUAUUGUCUAAUGGGCAACGGAAGAUGGUUUACUGUUGGUGGAUAUGAUCUUACUUACAACAACAAGGCCUCCUCUGUACGUAAUGCAUGGAUUACAGGCUUUGUCAGAACAGACUGCGGAAAACAAGUCAUUCAUCAAUCAUUUAAUCGAUCAGUCAAUUACCUUUCUUGAUCAUCUCUCUAAAUUUUAUGAAUGGUUUCCAGGGCUGUCUCGAUAUGUUGACUUUGUUAGAAUUCCGAGCUGAUUUUUGAAGGCAUGGAAGAAUGAAUAGUGUAAUCACCUGAGACAGACUGCUGACUGUUGGUUUAUGCAUUUGAAAUGAUCUCCACUGUAACAGAAGAAACAAGGACUCUUUGGAUUAAUUGAAAUCAUCACAGCACCAUAGUGUCAAUUGUAGUAGUUGUAUAUUUUAGUCAUUUACCAAGAUAAAAAAAAAAAACGACUUGCAAUGUGGGUUAAUGUUUGCACAUCAUCUACACUCUCCUCAAUCUUUUUCCUUAAACAGCAAAAACUAGCCAGAAAGGGUGGAUAUGGAGUGAAGAUAAAGAUAUCAUAUUUUUGAUGGCUGUAAUAAUGUAGUUCUGACAUUUGUUGAUAAUCUGGUGGCACUCUGCACCAAGAACCAUAAACCAUAGCACCAACCCGACUGCAGUAAGUUUCCUUGAGAUUUCACUCUAAUGUUUAAAAACAAACAGUGAAAUGUAAAGUUUUCUUCCACUGUUACUCCAGUUGAGGCUAAAUCAUGAGUCUCUUGGCUGUUGUCCUCUGGUGGGUGAGGAUGCGAACACAAAUAGGGGUGCUGGGUGGACCUAUUAAUGUCACCGGGAGCGGGACAUGACCGAGCUUUCUUGGGGCACAAGUUCUCGAGUUUACAGACAGUGGUGUAUCCUCUACAGUUUUCCAGCACUAAAGAAUUCGUGGGCAGACUCUUUAAAUCAAAUUCCAGAAGUUCACACAUUUACUAGCAUUGGAGGCAUUUAGAGAUGAAGGUGGGUGGGUGUGUGGAGGGUGCAGGGACAGAUGAUGUGUAUUCAUGCCUUUGUACAGAAUUUUCUGAUUUAAUAUAAAAACAGAUGAUGGAUUGUAUGAAGUUCCUCUUUUUGUAGAGAGUUCAUUGGUCAGGAUUGGCUAUGAUCUUGUGGUGAUGAGAACUUUUUUGGAAACACAAGAACACUUUUAAGGCCUGUGUUUGUUGGCUUUUAAACAAAACUUUUCGCUGCAGAUUGUAAUAUGAUUGAGUUGUUCAUAAUAAUCAGAAACUAACCAUUGUAGCAGUGUGGGGGAGCAUUAACAGUCUAUGUACCACAGCAGAUAAAACGAUCCGAGACCUUUUUGUGAUUAUUUAUUUGUGUUUUUAAGUGUAUAAUUGCUCUUUGGAGGAGAGCAUGACUGUAUGUGUGGGCAGGGAGCACAGUGAGCCGCUCUGGAGUCUCAAAAGGGAUUAUCUGCAAGGCUGUGAUUAUUUAAACCACGCAACUGAUUUGAGCUUUUUGCAAUGGGAUCUAGGCAUUUUUUUCUGUUUUGUUUGUUUCUCAAAUAUGUAAUACUACCUGAAAUAUGUUUGUAAUAUCUUAGGCUAGUACCAAAAAGUUUUAAGACUUUUUUUUUUUUUUUUUUUGGUUUAAUUAAUUCAUUAAAGACUUUCAACAAAGCA